CCUGUCGUUCCUGCAGGUGGAGGGUAUCGAGUCGAUCGGUCCUCGAAUGAACCAUGGCACGGCAGUGGUCGAUUUCGACAUUUACGUCAUCGGUGGCCACGACGACUGGAAAGACUUAGACUCAUGUCUCUGCUUCAACGCUGUUACGAAGACAUGCCGCGAGGUGGCGCCUAUGAAUGAACGCAGACGCAGUUUAAGUGUGGCAGUUCUGCGAGGCGCAGUGUACGCCAUGGGCGGUUACGAUUGUUAUGAGUAUUACAGAACGGCUGAAAGAUACGACCGCAAGGCGAAACAGUGGUCUUUGAUCGCUCCCAUGAACACAGAGCGAUUCGAUGCCAGUGCGGCUGUGCUGAAUGACAAAAUAUACGUCGCUGGUGGAAGUCAUAAUAAGAAUUAUGUAAACUCGGUGGAAGUUUAUGACCCGGACAUCGACCAGUGGACGUUCGUUGCACCAAUGCUAUCUGGACGUGCCAAUUUUUCUUGCGUCGAGUUCCACGGCUGUCUGUACGCCCUAGGAGGACGCAACAGGACAUCAUGGGAGCUCAGUACCGAAAAGUACGACCCUGCAGAAGACACGUGGACCGAGGUCCCCUACAUGAACUUCUAUUCAAAUUACUUAAACGCAGAAGUGAUCGACGACACGAUCUUUGUCAUCGGUGGAAUUGGCAUUGGGGAAACCGGCUGUAGUGUCAAACGUUACAAUGACAAGGAAGAUAAAUGGGACAAGGCGGCAAACAUGAAUGUUAGGAGAUUCCUGAUGUCGACUUGUGUCAGCAAGAACCUACCGAAUGCAAGCGAUUACGCCUACAAACACAGAGUCAAAUUAAUGAAGGAAAAACGUAAAAAAUGCUAAAUUGGAGAUAUAAAUAGUUUGCAGUUGAUUCCAACCACGACGAACACAUUAAUUGUAAUUACUUUCCUUACGAAAUGUAGAAAUGUGGGAGUUGAUGUAGGAACUACAAAAAAAAAAUAAAGAGAAUUAUUGUUUGCAGCAA